AAAAUACAAAAGAGUUGAUGUCCACUUUAUAAACACAAAGACUUCUCUUCGUCUUCCAUUGACAUCUCUUCGUCUUCUUCUUCUCCUAUGCAUUUGCGAUAAAAAUCAAAGAUAAAAUCCAACAAAGUAAAAACUGACUAAAGCAGUUUCAACGUUCAAAACAAAAGUUACAGAAAUUGCUUGAUGGACCAAGAAACAAAAGUGAGUUCUGAGGUUCCUGUAGUUAAAGGUGCACCUGAAGAUCUAAACACGGUCGAUGUUUCUGCUAAGGAGGUGAACAAAGAAAUGACAAAGGAAGAUAAAGCUAUGCAGCAAGAAGAAGAGGAUACUGCAUUUGAUGGUGGAUUCAUAAAAGUUGAGAAAGAAGGAAUCAACAACACUAAGGGUGAUGAGAAAGCAGAGAAACAAGUUCCACUGGAAAGAAACUCAAGCAGUCCACAGAGAGAAUUAGAGAAGAAGGAGAAAGCUUCUGAGUCUCGGUUGGAAGCAGAGUCAUUGGCUCUUAAAGUCUCUGAACAGGAAAGCAUUAAUCUGAAGCUAAGGGAAGAACUCAAAGAGAAGGAAUUGCUCGUUGCCUUGUCAAAAGACCAAGAAGGAAAAAUCAGAACUGCUAAUGAGAAGUUGACCAACGUGUUGCAAGAGAAAGAGAUUCUUGAAACAUCUGUAGCUGAGAUCACUCGCAUUGCAGCUGAAAGAAAAGAGAACUGCGAUGAACUUGAAGAGAAACUGAAGAUUUCAGAUGAAAAAAUCUCCAAAACGGAUGCUCUUCUGUCUCAAGCUUUGUCCAACAACUCUGACCUUGAACAGAAGUUGAAAUCUAUGGAAGCAUUAUCUUCUGAAGUAUCUCAGCUAAAAUCUGCUUUGAUAGUGGCUGAAGAGGAGGAGAAAGAUUCGGCUAGAAAGAUGCAGGAGUACCAAGAGAAGGUAACUAAACUGGAAUCAUCUCUGAACCAAUCAUCAGCGAGAAUCUCAGAGCUUGAAGAAGAUCUGAGGACAGCUUUGCAGAAAGGUGCAGAGCAUGAAGAUCUUGGAAACGUGAGUACUCAGCGCUGCCUUGAGCUACAAGGAUUGCUUCAAACAUCUCAGUCAAAACUAGAGAAAGCAGAGGAAAAACUAAAAGACCUAGAAGCAUUCCAAGUGAAAAACUCUAGCCUUGAAGCUGCUUUAAGUGUAGCAAUAGGCGAGAAGAAAGCGUUAGAGGAAACAGUGAAUGGAUAUAGUGUGAAAACAACUGAGUCUGAAGAGAGACUUGUGAAGCAAGCAAGGGAAAUAGAUGAAGCUACCACAAGAAGCAGAGAGCUUGAAGCUUUGCAAAAACACUCAGAGCUUAGUAUCCAAAAGGCAAUGGAGGAACUCAGAACCAGAGAUGCAGAAGCCAAGUCAUUUGCUGAGAAACUAAGAUUAUAUGAAGAGAAAUUGGCUGUAGCAUCUGCUUACUCGUUUUCUUUGAAAAAAGAUCUUGAUCAGUUUUCCUUGGAGAACGAGCUACUAGCAGAUACAAACAACCAGCUCAAGAUCAAGAUUCAAGAACUUCAAGGAUAUCUAAAUGCGGAGAAGGAAACCGCGGCAAGACAGACUGAAGAAGCAGCCAAAAGGUUUGAAGUGAGAGACAUAGAAGCUAAAGACAUGCUUGCAAAGUUGAAAGCCCAAGAAGACCUGCUCAAGGAACAUAGAAGGGAGAUUCAGGAAGCAUCUGAAGUUGCUAAUACUAGAAAAAUGAAGCUUGAAGAGUCUCUGUUGAAGCUCAAGACUUUUGAAGAUACAAUCAAAGAGCUUGAGAAAGAAAAUGGAUCAUUGGCUGAGGUGAAUUUAAAGCUGAACCAGGAACUAGCCAAUCAUGGGUCUGAGACCAGCGAUUUUCAAGCGAUGUUCUCUGCUUUGGAAGCUGAGAAAGACCAAGCAGCAAAAGAGCUUCAUGCUUCAAAGGCAUCCAUUAAAGAGUUAAGAAACAAGCUCACUUCUGAAAGAGAAAGAUUAAGAUCAAAGAUGAGUUCUCUUGCAGAAGAGAAUAACCAAGUCAAUGAGAUAUAUCAGAGCACAAAGAGUGAGCUUGUAAAGCUUCAAGAACAACUUGAAGUAGAGAAGUCUAAAGUGGAUACUAUGGUAUCAGAAAUCAAGAAGCUCAGUGCUAUGGCUGCUGAGAAGUCAGUCUUGGAGACCAACCUUGAAGAAGUAGAAAAACAAUUGAAAAAUGCUGAAGCUAAGUUGAAAGAAGAGGUCGAAAAGGUUGCAGAACUGACCUCAAAACUGCAUGGACAUGAGACUAAGGCGAGUGGCAGAGACUUGGAGGACAAGAAAGCAACUCAGCUGUAUAAAGAGCUUCAAGCAUCUCACACAGUCAUUUCUGAAGAGAAAGAAGCGGUUUCUCAGAAGCAUUCAGAGUUGGAAGCUACUCUAAAGAAAUCACAAGAAGAGCUUGAAGCUAAGACAAGUAUGAUUGUUCAUCUAGAAUCAUUGGUCAAAGAUCUUGAAAAGAAAGUGCAGCUUGCUGAUGCUAAGUCUAAGGAAACCGAGACAAAGGCAAAAGAAGAAGUAGAAGUUAAAUCAAGAGACAUUGAUUUAUCCUUUACAACUCAAAAGCAACGUUCUCCUUCACAUUCGUCUUCUUCAGGAAACGUUACAACAACUCAGAAAGCUGGAACAUCUCAUCUCAUGACAUUGAAGAUCGUCCUUGGAGUGGCUAUCUUGUCUGUCAUUAUAGGUAUCCUUCUUGGGAAAAACUAUUGAAGUUCUUCAAUGGUGUGAUUGUUUUUUAAACGUUCUUUUCUAUUUGUUUGCCAAGCAAGGCCAAAUGCUGUGUUAUGUAACACAAGAAUCUGAUCGACUGUUUAGAUGGUUCAUCUACAUUCUUAUAUAAACCAUCUAAAUUGUGUGCUAACAGCAAUGAAAAUAAAUUUACUUUGAAAAUU